ACAAAACAAAGAGCCAUAUCUAAAGAAGAAGCGUGAAGGGGAUCAGGCAUGGAACAGGAUUUAUCUCUACUAAUGGUGGUAAGGAUGGAAGCCCUCGUGCAGCUCCAUCCCCAGGUCCUGAAUCAACACAACGAGCCUGUGGUCAUUGUUCAACCCUCUGCUAACAUGAGGCACGAUCCACCUGCUGACCCUGUGCCGGAUUAUAUGUGUUACUCCACAUUUACCAUGCUGUGCUGCUGCCUCUUUCUGGGAAUUGCAGCUCUUCAUUUCUCUAGAGCGACUCGCACUGCUAACGCUGUUGGACAGAGGAGAAAAGCAGCGAGAAACUCUCAAACUGCACUCAUCCUGAACCAUGUCAAUGUUUUAGUUGGCAUCAUCGUGAUUGGAGCAUAUCUCCUCAACACAUUUUACCUAUCAGCCUAAAAACUUUAUCCAUUAUCUUUCCAAAGUUACUGUAUUACGUUAAUGGAUUUCUGUUCCCUUAUUUGGUCACCUUCCUUUUCUUGUUUUGGUUAAUUGAUUAUUCCCCACCUGUCUCCAGUUCCCUCAUUACCUCCCGUGUGUUUAAAUCCCGGUCUGUUCAGUUCCUCCUCGUCUGUGAUUGAAUGUGCAUCUGUCUAUGUUAAUGCUGUAUGUAUAUUGUGAUAUUAAUCUCCUUUGUUAUCUAGUAAAUUCCUCAUUUGAUCCCGAUCCUUCUCAAGCUCUUUGCCCUUUGUUAGCACACACACCCAUACUUGUAACAGUUACACAACUAUCAACUUUUUAGACAAAUUUGUUAUUGUACUCUCACAUGCAGUAUUUCCAUCUCUGGUGUUGUUGUUCUGUUUGCAGAACUGGAUAGAUUCAUCACUGCAUAAAACAAACAACAACAAUAAAAACAUUGUAUUCAUCAUUGCAUUGA